UCUGCAGUCCCAAAUGGAACAUUAUUAAUGAUAAAUGAUUUUUUGGAUUUCUGUUAAAAAAAUAAUGGUACUCAAAUGAACAAACAAAUUCCCAGAAAGAAAUGGAAAGAAGUCGAAGAUGAAUUACUACUCAAAGCCAUAAAAAAAUACGGAAAUCAAUGGAGUAAAAUACAAGAAGAAGUUCCAACCAAGGACUCCAAACAAUGUCAAGCCAGGUGGAAGAUCCUUAAAAAUGUAAGAUAUCUCUAUGAUGGUUUAGAAAGAGGAAAUUUUGGAGAGAUUGGAUGCUUUGGAUGAUUAUUCAGACAUGGACAAUCAAAAUCACAAAGUCAAGAAGGCCAAGAAAAAACAUAGGGAAAUACCUCGUAGAUACAAUCCCCACUUUGAUUACAACGAGGAAUCCUCUAGUGAAUCAAUGCAUCUAUAGUAAUUCCAAUAGGCUCUGGUAAAGUAACCAUAUUAAUUGACAUUACUUUAACAACAAAAAAGAGAGUAGAUUCAGAAGUAGGCCUAAACUUAAUAUUAGAAUGUUUGGAAUGCUAUGGAUGACAAAAUGCUGUGGGCAGCCUUUAAAAUAUAUAAAGGAGUUUGGAAUCAAAUCACAUCUAGAUUUCAAGAGAAAAACCCCUAGAGUUGUAUGGAGAGAUAUUAAUAUGUAAGUCUUUGUGGAAUUAACGUAGUUACUACAACAAAAGAAAAUGAAAUUGUAGGAGGAUGGAUCAUCCGUAGAUAUCAUUUCCUCUUUGGCUGAAGACAGUUCCAUCUUGGGUUCAGAGUAAUUCGAUAUUACACUAAGUGAAGGCGGAGAUUCCACUGAUUAACCAUAACAAACUGACUAUAAGGUGGCUUCCCUUGGAGUUUAUACUGUUCAAUAAUGUCAUACAAACAUCGAAAGAAUCCUUAAAUCAUUUUCCAAUCACAAUUUAGACACCCUACCUGGCAUACGUGAGUCAAUUGUUAAACUCAUAUUAACUGAUUGA